AUGUCAGACGUUAUAAAUGCAAAUCCAACCAUCUUGGAUGAUGGUGCGCUACCCACCAGAGCUUCAGAGGAACCAAAAGCAGCAACUCAUGGCUUGGACCCACAUUUGGCAAGCCUGCUCAACUUAUCACUCAUUAUUAAUAGCCACCAUCACCACCACCAAAAACCAACAGAUAGUGCUACACCAAGCCUAACUAGUGAUCAUGAAAGUGACGUUGAAUCAGAUGAGGAUGAAGAACUCGAGGAUCCUAUCGACUCUCAAGAGAUUUUUGAUCUAGUUGCACAUAUAUCGGAUCCAGAGCACCCUUUAACAUUAGGUCAAUUAGCUGUUGUAAACUUGCCAGAUAUCAACGUGAUCGAUUCUGGAAAUAAGAAUGAAAUGGCAGAAGUGAUCAUAAGGAUAACACCAACCAUCACACAUUGUUCGUUGGCCACCUUGAUUGGUUUAGGUAUAAGAGUUAGAUUAGAAAGAUGUUUACCGGAUCGGUUCAGAAUUACCAUUUUAUUGAAAGAAGGAAGUCAUCAAAGUGAGAACCAAGUUAACAAGCAACUGAAUGAUAAGGAAAGAGUUGCUGCUGCGUGUGAAAACGAGCAGUUGUUGUCUGUGAUAUCCAAGAUGUUGGCAUCGUGCAAAUGA